UUUCAGGAAUGCAGACACAAGAAUACGGCUAAAAAUUGCAUCGUAUCGCUCAGAAACGAUGGCACCAGUACACUGCUUUUUAGCCAAUCGUGCAUAUUCGUGGACCGGAACGCUUAUUCUCGGCUGCUUGGAAAGUUUCGUCAUGAAUUCAACAACUAUUACGAUUUUGACCAUUGGUCUCCUGGUUUCCUGCAUGUGGUUGAUGCCAGCUGACGCGAGAAGCCACCGGAAGCACCCUGACCAUCGUGGCAAACAUCCAGAAGCUCAUGGCUACGACAACGGCUCCAGUGGAAAAGGCAAUGGGAAGGCGGAGAGCGGCAUGAGUGGUCCCAAAGAUAAGGACGAAGUCAAGGAGUACAGCAAUGUGAAGAAUAAACAGCAUACCGCGACCCGCGGCCGUGACGAUCCCGAUAGUCGGUAUGGUGAAAGCUAAAUCCUCCCGUCAAAUCACCAUGCAUGCUUGCAACUACUACUCUACAAAUCCGCUAUACUUCUAUGGUUAAAUCAAACCGGGUACUUGUGUCUUGGAGUUGGAUCAGAAGUAACUGCUAGUUUGCGUCGUUUCGCCAUUUUUAUCGGUCUCCGUUGAACUGUCUAACGUUUAAGAAGAUUUUUGCAGUCACUGAUGUAAAUAUCCUGGCCGUAGCUCUUAAUAAA